AUGCCACCCCGAAAAGCCGGCAUCGGCAGCAAAACCACCCUCCUCACCUGGACUGGCAUCUUCCUCUUCUUCGUCUGGGGACAGUGGAAGCAUUCCAACCCUGAGCGUCGCGAGAAGUCGAGGAAGUAUAGUCGGAAGCAGAGGGAGAGGGACGAUAGGAGGAAGGAUCAUAAAAAGGGCUACACGGUGACUCGCGAUAGGGACAGGACGGCGCCGAUUAUACAGUAA